GGUUGGUAGAACGCAAAUAAAAUGACAUAUCAUUCGAUCAUUUGUUUGGUACGGUGAAAUCACAUACUAUUAGAUAUCAGUAGUAACCGUAGUAACACGAUUCAUAUCCUUAUUUGGAAAUUUAGGUCUUGUAGAGAAAAAAAUAGUGCAACCAUGGUUCGCGUGAUAAAUCAAGAAACAUACAACGAAGUUGUCAAAGAAAAUAUAGAAGAAUUUUCGAUGACUCCUGAAGAAGCGAUCGACGAUGCGAUUAAACAAUUUGAGGCUCAGGGCGUCGACUUGAGCAAUGUCAUCAAGGAUCUAAUCUUGUGUGACGAUAGAGAUCUGGUGAAGACGUGCCUGGAUAACUUGAGGUCCUCCAUAGAGGAAAAGAAUUCGGAAAUUGUUCCGGAAGUAUUAGAAAAACUGAAGACUGAAUUAGAUAAAGACAUAGCACGCAGAAUUCAUGCCAGUAACUUGGGAGGCUAUAAGAUUUUAUUAGAUUUGAUAAAGGAAUUUAAGGAUGACGUUACUGUGGUCAGACCUGCACUAAGGACGAUGACUUCACUGAUGACAGGUCAUCCUGAUUUAUUAGACGAGGCAGGAGUUACUCUACAGAUGGAAAUUUUAGACAAACAACACGAUGUUCCGACUCUACAACUCCUGUUACGUUGGAUGAGAGAAUGUUGCAUCAAACACGAAUUGAAUAGACAGACCAUUUUCAAUGCCAAUGCUCUGGAAAAAAUAAAAAGAAUACUUAUGCGUGAGGAUGCCACUGGACAGGAACUGAGAGAUGCUUGUGCUGUAUGUAGAGCACUUGUAUUAGACGACGAUAUAAGGCAUGAAUAUGGAAAGGCAUAUGAGCAUGCAACUGCCAUUGCUAGAGACACUUUAGAUGUCAUUACAAGUUUAUUAUCAAGGUUCAAGACAGACAGAGCUGUCGUUGGCGAUCUAAUGUUAACAUUAGCCAGUCUGAUAGUCAGAAAUGAAUUUUGCCAGAGCGUGGAAGAUGCUGGUGGUCUAAAAUUUAUACUUGAUGUAAUGGUCGAUCAUCCUGAUACAGAAAAACUGAAUUGGCAGGCAUUAAAGUUACUGAAGGCGCUUGCCGGAAAUGAUUAUGUUAAAUCUCACAUUGUCACUUCCGGUGGAGCACCUCUAAUAGUUUCUGUAAUAAGCAGAUUUAAAGGUUCAGAAACUGUGGUUAGUUCUGGUCUUGCCUGUAUUUCUGCAUUGACUUUGAGAAGUCCUUCAAAUGCUGGUGUAUUUUAUGACUGCGGAGCAUCAACAGUUAUCAUCGAUUCCAUAAAAACUUAUCCUAAGAGUAUUAACGUUCUGAAGCAAGCUUGUUGGGCAAUAAGAAAUAUGUCAGUUAGAAAUAAUAUGGAGUCACAGGAAUUUGUUCAACAAGGUGUUGAGGAGCUACUGAUCAAUGCUAUGAAGACACAUGGUCUAGAAUUAGAAAAUGAUGUGAAGGCAGCUUUAAGAGAUUUGGGUUUAAAAGUGGAUCUGAAAGAGAGGUGGGUUGGUAAAGGAAUAGCAUUGAGCAACGAUAGAAAUUAAUCAUUCCUAAUUAUUAAAACCUCGUCAAUCUAAUGACAACAUGGCUCAGCGGUUGUUGAAACGAUAGACUGCCAAAUGAUUUUCACUGAAUCUUUACAAAUAACAUUUUUAAAAGACCAUAUGUAAUUAAUUGAUACGAAAAAUGUUACGCCCUUUCGGAUGAGUCACUAUCUUGAGAAUCUGUGGUAGAUAUAAGAAAAUAACAAACUUGCCCUAACAUUUAUAAGAUUUACAAAGUAAGCUAUUGACAAGCGAAAUUUGUAAUAAUCCUUUAUACAUUAUUGCUCUAUUUAAAUUUUAUAAGUAGCUAAUCGAUGGCUACACUUCUAUUGUUUAUAUAAUGAUUCCAUGUAUAUAAUAUAUCGAAUAAAUAUUAAUACCUAUCGAUGCACUAAUAA